AUGACAUCUAUAAAAGGACCGGGCGCUGCUCAGACAUAUGAUGGAUCCGGUCUCCGGAUUGCCAUAGUUCACGCGAGGUGGAACACUCAAAUAAUUGAGGCUCUCGUGGCAGGGGCCAAGAGAAGUCUUUUGUCAGCUGGGGUUUUAGAGGAGAAUAUUGCAGUCCAGAGUGUGCCAGGCAGCUACGAAUUGCCAUAUGCUGUUCAGCGGGUCUACACGGCUUCCCAGCUGCAAGCGGCUCCCUCGACCAGGGAUAUCAGUGCAACUGACCUACUCUCAUCCUCUACGUCGGACCUAAGUAAAUCAGUAACACAGCCAUCAGCGUCUGCUGCCAAGGGCCCCUUUGAUGCUAUUAUAGCAAUAGGGGUCCUCAUCAAGGGUCACACCAUGCAUUUUGAAUACAUCGCAGAUGCUGUCAGCCAUGGAUUGAUGCGCGUACAACUCGAUUCUGGAGUCCCUGUUAUCUUUGGCCUGCUUACUGUACUUACUGAAGAACAAGGCUUGGAGAGGGCCGGCCUGGGAAAAUCAGGGAUGCACAAUCAUGGCGAGGACUGGGGCAAUGCUGCUGUCGAGCUUGGCAAUAAGAGAAAGGGUUGGGCGGAAGGUAAAUUCAUUUAG